AUGAAGAGGAUGCGAGAGCCCUCUGAGAAGUCCAAGAAGGAAAAGAAAGCAAAGUUGGGAGAAUCUUAUGGGUCAAGACCUCCAGUCCCUCUGGCUGGCUCUCCAAGUAAGUCUAUACCUCUCUCCCACUCUGUUAAACUUAAACCUAUUGCUUCUUCUCUUCCCCAAACCACUCAACAACAAGCUCGUGCUCUGGCCUCUCAACAACCAUCACACACUGAACCUGAACCAGAAGCCACUUCCCCACCCCCUGAACAACAAAAUCCAACUACAUCUGAACAGCCUCAAACACCACCACCCGCACAACAACUAAAUCCACCUUCUGAACCACAACCAAUCCACUCACCAUCUGAACCAAAUCCACAACCUGAACAAACAACAUCGUCCCGCUCUGCUAUUCCCACACCACCAACUUCCGUUGCCUCCAUCACUCCCACUCUAAAUCUUGGUGACACCAAUCCACCUUCUCCAUCCUCCCCAGCCUCUGCCAUUGAACCAGAAAAUGCCUUCCCUACCCUAGAAGAAGCAAUAAAAGUUUUUACAGAGUCUUCAGUAGAGAAGAUCAAGUCUCUGACUAUCAACUCCGGCAUCAGUGAUGAUCCCUCUGAAGCUAGGAAGGAAGCAGAAGAGAAAGCUCGCCUGGAAGAAGAACAGAGGAUCAGAGAAGCUGAAGAAAAGGCUGCUGCUGAAGCUGAAGCUGCUGUUGCUGAGGCUAAGGCUAAAGUUAAAGCCGAAGCUGAAGAAGAAACAUGUGUUGCUGCAGAGGAAGUUGCCAAGGCCAGGGCUGAUGAUUUGACCUAG